CCCGUCUUCUGUACUAGCCCAUGAAAACAAUUAACACAUAUCCUCUAGGCAGAAACCCCAAACAUCCGCAACACUAACAUCAACAUUUUCCUGUCACAAUCUGUGCUCGUGCUCCAGAUAUUUGAUCCCAGCAGAUAUGGCUACUCUUAACUUGUCCACCAACGGGCCUUCAAUAGCAAAGAGCUACCAGGCCGUGGUCGACUCGGCUCUGCCCGGUUCGAACUCUCCUACUCACGGACAAUGGGUUGUCUUCUCCGUUUCGACACCUCUUAUCAAUGCCUUCCAGCAAGACUCUGGCAAUAAGGAAAGUGUCUUGAAGGUUCAAAAUACCGGAGCUGGCGAGCUGGUGGAUCUGAUUGAAGAGUUCUCUGAGGGCAAAAUUCAGUUUGCUUUCGUAAAGAUUCUCGAUCCAAACUCGGGGCUCCCUAAGAAUGUGCUUAUUGCCUGGUGUGGGGAGGGCGUACCUGAGCGUACUAAGGGAUAUUUCACCAGUCAUCUCGCCGCUGUUUCCAAAUUCCUGCAUGGUUAUCACGUGCAAAUAACCGCUCGUUCUGAUCAGGACCUGACCGCGGAGGGUAUAAUACAGAAAGUGGGGGAUGCGUCCGGAGCGAAGUAUACCCCUGGGCCAGAUCGGCCUACAUCUACUGCAAAGCCCCCGGUAUCAACUAAACCUGUCUUUAACCCCACACGGACCGGUGGCACUGCUGCGAACAAUCCAGCAGUUGUUGCAUCACGAGUGGCUGCGACAAUGAGUGGGGAUGAUGGCUGGGGUCCUGACGCGCCCCCAGUUACGAGGACUGGUCUUCAAAAAGUCCAGUCAGCUUACAGGCCCACCAAGGUGAACAUUCAAGAGCUCAAAGCCGGUGGGCAGUCUGAUUCUGGCUUCGCGGUUUCCCGAGACACCGAGGACCGUGACGAAAUUGUCAAAGGGGGCUACAAGCCUAUCGGGAAGGUCGACAUUGCUGCCAUAAGAAGACAAGCACGUGAAGCAGGCAAUCUGGCUGACGAUCGUCCUGAGCCUGUGAAAGGGGCAUAUCAGCCAGUUGGGAAGGUCGAUAUCGCUGCUAUCCGGGCUAAAGCACAGGGUGGGAUCACUGAUCCAGUCAACGAGCCAACCUCUGUCGAGCCAAGGCCUUUACCGAAAAUGACUGGGUCCUUUAAGCCGUCCAAUGCAUCUCCUGUUGCAAGCCAAUAUGAACGUCUGACAAGCUUACCAAAACCGAAAGUUGCAAAGAAUAUCGCUUCAAAUGCCACAUUCGUCGGAACGAAGCCCCCCUUGCCUACCCAAACAUCUCAGGCUACGGCACCGUUAGUGGGCAGUGCGAGUCGUACAUUUGCGGAUGAAGGGGGAAAGACGCCCGCACAGCUCUGGUCAGAGCGCAAGGCUAGGGAACGUGGUUCAGCUUUUCACUCAACGCCAUCCGACUCACCCGAUGCGGAGAUAAAUACACCAAUCCACACUGAUGUUGAGUCACUGCAGGGCAACUCCUCCAAGCACCCGGUACAUGUUGCCCAAUCUCGCGAUAUACCACAAUCUUCCGAACUUCCUCUACGUACAGAGAAAUCAGAUCCUGGCUUAGACACGCAGUCUGUACAGGAAAGCACAGAUGUUGAUCCUGGCCACAUAAGUCACGACAAGUAUGAGAGCUUGAAACAUGAGAAGGAAUUGGGUCCGGCGACUAGCCGCGCCAUGCCUGUGCCAGAACUUCCGACAACUAUACCGGCGACUGAUUCAGAAGGAUCUCAUCAGCCUGAAGGCUUUGAUUCGCUUCCUACGCCUCCCCAGCAGCCUCGGUCUCCUACUCCUCCUACACCUUCAAUGACAGAGCGUGAACUUUCACCCAUACGUGUGGCUGCUCCUGUUGGUAAGGGACUGACGGAUGUUCAGAGUGAACAGCAGUCACCGCCUCCUGCACUACCUACUGAAAGCUUGCAGCAGGCGUUGCCAAAGGAAGAUGACUUGGAAGAUGACGCGCACGAUAUUGGGCGUGCAACAGCUGAAGCUACUGUAAAUGAGGACGUUCAGCAUACGUCUAUCCAGGCGGUAGUGCUUUAUGACUACGAGAAAGCAGAGGACAAUGAGGUUGAACUUAAGGAAGGCGAGUUCGUGAGCAACGUCGAAAUGGUCGACAAGGAUUGGUGGCUGGGGUCCAAUGUCCAAGGUGACAGAGGUCUGUUUCCCAGCAACUAUGUAGAGAUUGUCACAAACCCUUCGCAGAGCCACGAUUUGGCGGAUAGGCAAACUCCUCUGGUCGAUGAAAGAGCUCCGUCCUUGUCCAAUGUUGAAGCUGCACCAUCUACCAUCGCCCCUGAACCAGAACCUAUUGCAGUCGCAUUAUACGACUAUGAGGCCGCGGAGGACAAUGAACUGAGCUUCCCUGAGGGCGCUGAGAUAACACAUAUUGAGUUUCCGGAUGAUGACUGGUGGUUCGGCCACUAUGAUGGCAAAACGGGGCUAUUUCCUGCUAACUAUGUGCAACUUGGAAAUUGAUAGAUGGCACCUCUUGUGUGUGCGCACUGACUCUCAUCUGGCCCCAAGUAAAGAUGCAGUGGCUGUCUGUAUGUUUGUCGCCCUCCUCCCAUAUAAGAUUAAUCAGAUAUACCUGAAGAAGCACUUACAUACAGCAACUGUUUAUCUCUGCAUCUGGGUAGAUUCAUUUCUUAAUUUAUAUUCUUAUUCUUGUACUUGCUCCUAUUGUGGUUUGCAUGGUCUGUAUACUACCGAUAGAGUACUAAAUAUUAUAACACAUAUUUCAACUUCC